UAUUUACGGACAGUCAGAAUGCUGUAUGAAUAUUGAAUGGCUGGCAGAAUGUUGAGAGUUGGUUUAAUUACCACCAAUGCAUGGCAAUAAUUGUACGGCUAAAUGAAUCAUCCUUAAACUGGAAACACCCUCUAUUUUGUGGUCCACCUUUUUUUGUAUCCAUCUCUUUCUUCUUCUUUUUCUUCUUCAUUGAAGAAAACAAGAAGAAAGAUAAUCAAAACAAGGGGGAGAAGAAAAGAAACCCCUUGUUUUCUUGCCCCAAAUCUUCAGGAAAUCUUCGGCUGGCGUCCCGCAUAAAGGACCAAACAGCACAUUUCUUGAAGAAUUUGGGGUAAACAUAAAAAGAUUAAAAAAAUGGAAGGGGGUGCCGCUUUCGACGGUUCAUUUAAGAUCUACGUGGACCCGAAAGACGGCCAAACAUACCCGGAUGAUGUGGAGAUGGGCCGAAAUGGUGGAUAUGGCUUGGAAAUUUUCUCAAAAGAAGUCGAAAUGGUGAAGGAGGAUAUAAACGGUGCCAAUAAGCUCUAUAGCAAGGUGCAGGAUUUAAACGAGGAGAUCAAAAUUGCGCAAAAUGCCAAAGCCAUGAAGGAGCUCCGGGCGCGGUUGAACGCUGACCUGGACCAUCUUCUCAAGCUGGCUAAACAAAUCAAUAAGAAAUUCGACGGGCUUGUUCGGGCCAACGCUGCCCAGCGCAAGGUGGCGGCGACCGGGUCUGGAGUAUGUGAUGACCAGACUCGUGCCAAUAUGAUAUCCGAUUUGGGUGAGGACGUCAAGCAGCUCAUGCGCAAAUUCCAAGGACUUAGGGCCAACAUGGAAACCGACCACCGGCAACUCAUCGAGAGCAGAUAUUUCGGAAUCACGAGAGAGAAGGCGACGGCGGAAGCAAUCGACAAUCUGAUCGCGAACGAGGUGCCGGAAAGCCCACUCCACCACGCCAUGCAGGAGCACGGCCGGGGCCCGGUGCUGGACGCCGUAGCGGAGAUUCAGGAGAGGCGGGACACAAUGAAGGAGACUCGCAAGAGUCUGAUGGGUCUGCACCAGAUACUCCUAGGCAUAGCGACGCCGGUGGUGCCGGCCUCGGCUGCUGCAGCAGCGGAUGGACAGACUGGAGGGAGCAAAGGCGGCGGCGCAGGGCCGCCUAGCCCCGUCGAGAAUUAUCCAGUGGUGGUGGUGGGUGGCGGCGGACACGUGGCGGCCAAGAGCGGGACCGGUGGGCUGAAUGAUUACGAGAAGGAGACAAGGAACCAGGCAUAUAUCGCUAUAGUGGUUGCUUUGGUGAUCCUCAUCACCAUUAUCGUUCUUAUUCUGAGAACCGAGUAUACCAUUGAGAAUGGCGCUGCUUCAUAAAUUUUAUAUAUAUAUAUACUUACUCAAAUGCUCUUUGCUAUACUGAUCAUGCUUCUGCUUCCACCAGUUUCCUAUUGCAUUGUUUCUUUUGCUUCUUCUUUGUCAUAAUUCAAAGUAAGUUGCAAAAACGUGCUGUAUUCACAGUAAUAAUUCUACAUUAUAAAUAUUUAUCUAUCUAUUUGAAUUAUAUACAUACGUAUGUAAUGUUGGUGCAAUUCUCCCAGUAAUUAGUAAUUAAUUACAAUCUUAAAAAUGAUUGUAAAUACAACAAAUAGAACUAUAAACCAUCCACCAAUGUAGCAAUACAUUAACUACAAAAUAAA